UGAUUCUCCUAUUGGUUUCCACUUUUUCUAUUCUAAUGCAAGCUCAAAAAGGCAAAAGAAAUGCUUUAUAAAUACUAACUUAUCCUCCAUUUCAUCUCCAAGCUGCUAUUUCUCAUUUUAACUCCCUCUCUCUCUCUCUCUCUCUCUCUGUGUUUCUGUCUUGUGUCUCUAUCUAAGGAACCAAAGCCAUUGGAGUUCUGGGAUUUUUUUUUUUUGUAGUAGGAAGAAAACCAGAAUGACAAGACCAAGAUUGUUCAUCUUCUUGAUGGGACUUCUACUUUGUGGUUGCUUUGAAAUCUCAGCAAAAGCAGAAUAUAUGAAGUAUAAAGAUCCAAAACAGUCACUGCCUGUCCGAGUUCAGGACCUGUUGGACAGAAUGACAUUAGAGGAAAAAAUAGGACAAAUGGUCCAAAUUGACCGCAAAGUUGCUUCAGCUGAGGUGAUGAAGAAGUAUUUCAUCGGAAGUCUAUUGAGUGGAGGAGGGAGUGUCCCAGCUCCACAAGCUUCUGCAAAGGCUUGGAUUGACAUGGUCAAUGAAUUUCAGAAAGGUUGUUUAUCUACCCGAUUAGGAAUUCCAAUGAUUUAUGGGAUUGAUGCUGUUCAUGGCCACAACAAUGUUUACAAUGCAACAAUUUUUCCUCACAACAUUGGACUAGGAGCUACCAGGGACCCUGAACUAGUUAAGAAAAUUGGGGCUUCAACAGCACUUGAAGUCAGAGCUACUGGCAUUCCAUAUGUUUUUGCACCUUGCAUAGCGGUUUGCAGAGAUCCAAGAUGGGGUCGAUGUUAUGAAAGUUACAGCGAAGAUCCCGAGGUUGUUGAAGCAAUGACAGAGAUUGUACCAGGAUUACAAGGAGACAUCCCUGCUAACUCUCCCAAGGGGGUUCCAUUUGUGGCUGGACAGAAAAAUGUUGCAGCUUGUGCUAAGCACUAUGUAGGUGAUGGUGGGACAACCCAGGGCAUCAAUGAGAACAACACUGUAAUAGACAGGCAUGGUUUGGUUAGCAUUCACAUGCCAGGCUACUAUGCUUCUAUUAUCAAAGGUGUUUCAACCAUCAUGGUCUCCUAUUCGAGCUGGAAUGGAAUUAAGAUGCAUGCUAAUCGCGAUUUGAUCACCGAUUUUCUCAAGAACACACUUCGUUUCAGGGGUUUUGUCAUCACGGAUUGGGAAGGUCUUGACAGGAUCACAUCUCCACCUCAUGCUAACUAUUCAUAUUCAAUUCAAGUUGGAAUCAAAGCUGGCAUUGACAUGGUCAUGGUUCCAUUCAACUAUACAGAAUUCAUCGACGGGCUAACCUUCCAGGUGAAAAACAAUAUAAUCCCCAUGAGCCGCAUUAAUGAUGCAGUGAUGAGAAUUUUGCGAGUUAAGUUUGUAAUGGGUCUAUUCGAGAACCCACUAGCAGAUUACAGCUUGGUCGACCAACUUGGAAGUCAGGAGCAUAGAGAGUUGGCUAGAGAAGCAGUGAGAAGAUCACUUGUUUUGCUAAAGAAUGGACAAUCUACCGAUCAUCCAUUGCUUCCCCUACCCAAGAAGACUUCGAAAAUACUAGUUGCCGGUAGUCAUGCAGAUAAUUUGGGUUAUCAAUGCGGUGGAUGGACAAUUGAGUGGCAGGGCUUGAGCGGCAACAACCUCACAAGCGGAACAACAAUCCUGACAGCUGUCAAGAACACAGUUGAUUCAAGCACCAAAGUCGUAUACAAGAAGAAUCCCGACACUGAAUUCGUCAAGUCCAACGAUUUCUCAUACGCCAUUGUGGUAGUAGGGGAGCAUCCAUAUGCAGAAACACAAGGCGACAGCAUGAAUUUGACAAUUGCAGACCCUGGCCCAAGCACAAUCACAAAUGUCUGCGGAGCUGUGAAAUGUGUUGUUAUCAUCAUAUCCGGUCGCCCUGUCGUCAUCCAGCCAUUUAUUAACUCUAUCGAUGCUGUCGUCGCCGCUUGGCUCCCAGGAACUGAGGGCCAAGGUGUUGCUGAUGUUCUGUUUGGUGACUAUGGUUUUACAGGCAAGCUUCCUCGUACUUGGUUCAAGACUGUUGAUCAACUGCCGAUGAAUAUCGGGGAUCCACAUUAUGACCCUCUCUUCCCGUUUGGGUUUGGCCUUACUACAGAACCUUCAAAUGAGCAAAUCACUUCUAAGGACUUCUAACUGUAUGAAAUCAUUGCCACCAUGAUUUGCCUUUGUUGGAAUUACCUCUGUACUUGGCAAUUCUUGAUAGUAAAUAACAAUCAUUAUUAUUUCUUAAAUGUUUAGAUUUUGUUACAUGUUCAAUAGACCCGACAGCCAAACAUAAUAUGGGGGCCUAUACCAACGAUUUUAAUUACUAAUUAGAGAGAUUGUAUCAUUGGAAAAUCCUCCCAUCACAGUGUAAGUGCACUAUAAGAAAGCUAACUCCGUUCAUCA